GGUCCCGGUGCCGCCCCCGGUGCCGCCGCUCUGCGCCCCCCGCGCCGCGGCCGCCAUGGGCUCCCUGCUCAGCCGCCGCAUCGCGGGCGUGGAGGACAUCGACAUCCAGGCCAACUCGGCCUAUCGCUACCCGCCCAAGUCCGGAAACUACUUUGCAAGUCACUUCUUUAUGGGAGGUGAGAAGUUUGACACCCCUCACCCCGAGGGCUACCUUUUUGGUGAGAACAUGGAUCUGAACUUCCUUGGGAAUAGACCUGUUCAGUUUCCUUAUGUAACUCCAGCUCCACAUGAGCCAGUGAAGACGCUGAGGAGUUUGGUGAAUAUCCGCAAGGACUCGCUCCGACUUGUGAGGUAUAAAGAUGAUGUUGACAGUCCUACGGAGGAGAACGGGAAGCAGAAGGUCCUGUACAGCCUGGAGUUCACCUUUGAUGCAGAUGCCCGUGUUGCCAUCACAAUCUACUGCCAGGCCACAGAGGAGUUUGUGGGUGGCAUGGCAGUAUACAGCACAAAGAAUCCCUCUCUGCAGUCGGAGACGGUUCAUUACAAGAGAGGGGUAAGCCAGCAAUUCUCCCUGCCUUCCUUCAAGAUUGAUUUCUCAGAGUGGAAGGAUGAUGAGCUGAACUUUGACUUGGAUCGUGGUGUGUUCCCUGUGGUCAUCCGAGCAGUGGUGGAUGAAGGGGAUGUGGUGGUUGAGGUCACUGGUCACGCCCAUGUUCUCCUGGCUGCAUUUGAAAAGCACGUUGAUGGCAGUUUUUCUGUGAAGCCCUUAAAACAGAAGCAGAUCGUUGACCGGGUGAGCUACCUGCUUCAGGAGAUCUACGGCAUCGAGAACAAAAACAACCAGGAGACCAAGCCUUCAGACGACGAGAACAGCGACAACAGCAACGAGUGUGUGGUUUGCCUGUCUGACCUGCGGGACACCCUCAUCCUGCCCUGCAGACACCUCUGCCUGUGCAACUCCUGUGCUGACACCCUGCGCUACCAGGCCAACAACUGCCCCAUCUGCAGGCUCCCCUUCCGUGCCCUGCUGCAGAUCCGGGCGGUGAGGAAGAAGCCGGGGGCUCUGUCGCCAGUGUCGUUCAGCCCUGUCUUGGCACAGAGUGUUGACCAUGAUGAGCACUCUCGUCCCUUUAAGCCCCUUAAGGUGAGCUCUGUCUCCCUGCCCAGCAGGAAGCCUAGGAGGGGAAUAAGAACAAGCUCUGACAACAUCCCUCCUGGCUAUGAGCCCAUCUCCUUGCUGGAAGCACUGAACGGGCUCCGCUCCGUUUCCCCCUCCAUCCCCUCUGCUCCUCUGUACGAUGAGAUCAGCUACUCCGGGGUGGUGGAUGGGAUCCCUCCCGCCAGCCGCCCGCUCGUGGGCAUGGACAGAGCCCUGGAGAGCGGCCACCAGAAGGGCAAGCGCAGCAAGUCUCCAGACAGCACACUACGGUCCCCCUCGUCCCCAAUCCACGAGGAGGAUGAGGAGAAGCUCUCCGAGGACUCCGACUCGCAGCCGGCACUGAGCGGAGGUGAGCUGGUCCUGAGGGAGACCAGCUCUCCAGAGAGCGUGGCAGGGGAAGAGAUGGAGGAGGCCUCGCCUGUGCAGCAGGGUGGUGGCCGCCCGCCCUCGGUGGAGGACGUGCUGCAGGACGGCGGCUGCGGCGAGAGCCGGAGCCUGACACGGUCCGAGAGCGACCCCCCUGUGGACGUGUUCCUGCCAGGCUCAUCCGACUACACCAAGACGCUCCCCGUCCGCGGCACCGGCAGCCCCACGCAGCCCCUUCUCUUCGAGCAGACCCAUCUGCACCUGGAGGACGAGCAGAGCCUCCCGUGAGCGGGGCCGGGCCCUGCCGGAGCCCCCCGGCCCUGCCCGCGCCCCUCGGACACGGUCCCGGCACAGCCCGUGCAUGUUCCCUGGCGGUGGGUCGGGGCCGUGUUUCCCGUGGGCGGUGUCCGUGGGGCCGGGCGGGGGUUCGGGUUCCGAUGGGCAGAUGAAGGACGGACACUACCGAUGUAUAUUUUGUACACACCGAGCACAGCCCUUUGCUGUCACUGCCCCUGUACAGAGCCGUGGCCUCCCCGCCGUGCCGGGCCGCGGGGCUCCGCGGGGAGGGGGGUCCGCGGGGGUCACCCCCGGCCCGUCCCGCAGAGCCCGGCGCUGCCCACGCCGUGUGCCUUGUUCUGCUUCUGCG